GUAUUUUUAACCGCACCGGCUUCUAUCCACUUCACCUAACUACGUAGAGCGUCCAUCGCUUCUGGAAUCUACCUCUUGAUAACAGUAAUCAGAAUCAGAAAGGCUGGCCGUUCACUUACCCUCAUCCUUUUAAACUUUUCCAUUUAAGAAAAUCGAUGAACAAAACCUUUCUUGUAACUCGCUCCUGCACUACGUCUACUUUUAUUUAUUUUUCUGAUUUGGCAGGACUCAGCAAUGCUGUCCCGGAUUUUUUUUUUUUCCAAGCUAGAGCAGAUGUGGGGGUGGGGGAGGUGAGGGCUGGGCUCCAGCCGGAGUCGCCCCCGCUGAGCCUCCGCCUAGCGCGCGGUGGGGCCAGGAAUCCUGGUGGAAGGAAGUGGUGCUGGCCAGUUGGUCCAAGGCUCCACCUGCAGCCACACCGCGUAGUUUCUCCCCCUCUGCCUCACUCACUCGCACUCACAUACACCACAGCUCUCCUUUGGGUCGGAGGAGACGCCAGCCAAAGUAGGCGGAGUUGCGGGAGGAGAGUCCGAUCUGCGCAAUCCAGUCCGGGACUUGGCUCCGCCCGGGAGCGGCGGCCUCUCCGGUGACAGAGGAGUAGUGAGCGGCACGGGGUGAGGCUGCAGCCAACUCCGCUCCCCGCGCACUCGGCUGCCCAGGCGCUCGGGACCCAGCAGUGGCGCUCCUCCGCGGUGCCGGUCGCCCGCGAUGCCCGCUUAGCAGCGUGUAGCAGCGGCCAGCAUCACCACACCCGCGGCACCGCUCUCCCGGCCGCAGAGCCGGGCCAGAGCCUUGCACCCCUGCCCCAGCCCCCACCCCGCCCCCCGCCCUGAAAUGACUUGUUAAUCGGCGCAGACACCACCAAGGGGACUCACCGGAGUGGAAUCCAAGUGGAAUUUGGAUUUGGAGAAGAGUUUCUUGAACAUUUACCCUCUUCCUUGUUGGUUUUCUUUUUCUUUUUCUUUUUCUUUUUUUUUGGCUUCUUUCUUUUUUCCUCUCCCCUUCUCCGCUCGUCAUUGGAGAUGAACACAUCGCGUUUGCAUCCCAGAAAGUAGUCGCCGCGACUAUUUUCCCCAAAGAGACAAGCACACAUGUAGGAAUGACAAAGGCUUGCGAAGGAGAGACCGCAGCCCGCGGCCCGGAGAGAUCCCCUCGAUAAUGGAUUACUAAAUGGGAUACACGCUGUACCAGUACGCUCCGAGCCCCGGCCGCCUGUCCGUCGAUGCACCGAAAAGGGUGAAGUAGAGAAAUAAAGUCUCCCCGCUGAACUACUAUGAGGUCAGAAGCCUUGCUGCUAUAUUUCACACUGCUACACUUUGCUGGGGCUGGUUUCCCAGAAGAUUCUGAGCCAAUCAGUAUUUCGCAUGGCAACUAUACAAAACAGUAUCCGGUGUUUGUGGGCCACAAGCCAGGACGGAACACCACACAGAGGCACAGGCUGGACAUCCAGAUGAUUAUGAUCAUGAACGGAACCCUCUACAUUGCUGCUAGGGACCAUAUUUAUACUGUUGAUAUAGACACAUCACACACGGAAGAAAUUUAUUGUAGCAAAAAACUGACAUGGAAAUCUAGACAGGCCGAUGUAGACACAUGCAGAAUGAAGGGAAAACAUAAGGAUGAGUGCCACAACUUUAUUAAAGUUCUUCUAAAGAAAAAUGACGAUGCAUUGUUUGUCUGUGGAACUAAUGCCUUCAACCCUUCCUGCAGAAACUAUAAGAUGGAUACGCUGGAACCAUUUGGGGAUGAAUUCAGCGGAAUGGCCAGAUGCCCAUAUGAUGCCAAACAUGCCAACGUUGCACUGUUUGCAGAUGGAAAACUAUACUCAGCCACAGUGACUGACUUCCUUGCCAUCGACGCAGUCAUUUACCGGAGUCUUGGAGAAAGCCCUACCCUGCGGACUGUCAAGCACGAUUCAAAAUGGUUGAAAGAACCAUACUUUGUUCAAGCCGUGGAUUACGGAGAUUAUAUCUACUUCUUCUUCAGGGAAAUAGCAGUGGAGUAUAACACCAUGGGAAAGGUAGUUUUCCCAAGAGUGGCUCAGGUUUGUAAGAAUGAUAUGGGAGGAUCUCAAAGAGUCCUGGAGAAACAGUGGACAUCGUUCCUGAAGGCGCGCCUGAACUGCUCAGUUCCCGGAGACUCUCAUUUUUAUUUCAACAUUCUCCAGGCAGUUACAGAUGUGAUUCGUAUCAACGGGCGUGAUGUUGUCCUGGCAACCUUUUCUACACCUUAUAACAGCAUCCCUGGGUCUGCAGUCUGUGCCUAUGACAUGCUUGACAUUGCCAGUGUUUUUACUGGGAGAUUCAAGGAACAGAAGUCUCCUGAUUCCACCUGGACACCAGUUCCUGAUGAACGAGUUCCUAAGCCCAGGCCAGGUUGCUGUGCUGGCUCAUCCUCCUUAGAAAGAUAUGCAACGUCCAAUGAGUUCCCUGAUGAUACCCUGAACUUCAUCAAGACACACCCACUCAUGGAUGAGGCAGUGCCCUCCAUCUUCAACAGGCCAUGGUUCCUGAGAACAAUGGUCAGAUACCGCCUUACCAAAAUUGCAGUGGACACGGCUGCUGGGCCAUAUCAGAAUCACACUGUGGUUUUUCUGGGAUCAGAGAAGGGAAUCAUCUUGAAGUUUUUGGCCAGGAUAGGAAAUAGUGGUUUUCUAAAUGACAGCCUUUUCCUGGAGGAGAUGAGUGUUUACAACCCUGAAAAAUGCAGCUAUGAUGGAGUCGAAGACAAAAGGAUCAUGGGCAUGCAGCUGGACAGAGCAAGCAGCUCUCUGUAUGUUGCAUUCUCUACCUGUGUGAUAAAGGUUCCCCUUGGCCGGUGUGAGCGACAUGGGAAAUGUAAAAAAACCUGUAUUGCCUCCAGAGACCCGUAUUGUGGAUGGAUAAAGGAAGGUGGUGCCUGUACCCAUUUAUCACCCAACAGCAGACUGACUUUUGAGCAGGACAUAGAGCGUGGCAAUACAGAUGGUCUGGGGGACUGUCACAAUUCCUUUGUGGCACUGAAUGACAUUUCAACUCCUCUACCAGAUCAUGAAAUGUCUUACAACACAGUGUAUGGGCACUCCAGUUCCCUCUUGCCCAGCACAACCACAUCAGAUUCGACGGUUCAAGAGGGGUAUGAGUCUAGGGGAGGAAUGCUGGACUGGAAGCAUCUGCUUGACUCACCUGACAGCACAGACCCUUUGGGGGCAGUGUCUUCCCAUAAUCACCAAGACAAGAAGGGAGUGAUUCGGGAAAGUUACCUCAAAGGCCACGACCAGCUGGUUCCCGUCACCCUCUUGGCCAUUGCAGUCAUCCUGGCUUUCGUCAUGGGGGCCGUCUUCUCGGGCAUCACCGUCUACUGCGUCUGUGACCACCGGCGCAAAGACGUGGCCGUGGCGCAGCGCAAGGAGAAGGAGCUCACCCACUCGCGCCGGGGCUCCAUGAGCAGCGUCACCAAGCUCAGCGGCCUCUUUGGGGACACUCAAUCCAAAGACCCAAAGCCGGAGGCCAUCCUCACGCCACUCAUGCACAACGGCAAGCUCGCCACUCCCGGCAACACGGCCAAGAUGCUCAUUAAAGCAGACCAGCACCACCUGGACCUGACCGCCCUUCCCACCCCAGAGUCCACCCCAACGCUGCAGCAGAAGCGGAAGCCCAGCCGCGGCAGCCGCGAGUGGGAGAGGAACCAGAACCUCAUCAAUGCCUGCACAAAGGACAUGCCCCCCAUGGGCUCCCCUGUGAUUCCCACAGACCUGCCCCUGCGGGCCUCCCCCAGCCACAUCCCCAGCGUGGUGGUCCUGCCCAUCACGCAGCAGGGCUACCAACAUGAGUACGUGGACCAGCCCAAAAUGAGCGAGGUGGCCCAGAUGGCGCUGGAGGACCAGGCCGCCACACUGGAGUAUAAGACCAUCAAGGAACAUCUCAGCAGCAAGAGUCCCAACCAUGGGGUGAACCUGGUGGAGAACCUGGACAGCCUGCCCCCCAAAGUUCCACAGCGGGAGGCCUCCCUGGGCCCCCCGGGAGCCUCCCUGUCUCAGACCGGUCUAAGCAAGCGGCUGGAAAUGCACCACUCCUCUUCCUACGGGGUUGACUAUAAGAGGAACUACCCCACGAACUCGCUCACGAGAAGCCACCAGACCACCACUCUCAAAAGAAACAAUACUAACUCCUCCAAUUCCUCUCACCUCUCCAGAAACCAGAGCUUUGGCAGGGGAGACAACCCGCCUCCCGCCCCGCAGAGGGUGGACUCCAUCCAGGUGCACAGCUCCCAGCCAUCUGGCCAGGCCGUGACUGUCUCUAGGCAGCCCAGCCUCAACGCAUACAACUCACUGACAAGGUCGGGGCUGAAGCGUACACCAUCGCUAAAGCCGGACGUACCCCCCAAACCUUCCUUUGCUCCCCUUUCCACAUCCAUGAAGCCCAAUGAUGCGUGUACAUAAUCCCAGGGGGAGGGGGUCAGGUGUCGAACCAGCAGGCAAGGCGAGGUGCCCGCUCAGCUCAGCAAGGUUCUCAACUGCCUCGAGUACCCACCAGACCAAGAAGGCCUGCGGCAGAGCCGAGGACGAGCCGAGGACGCUUGGGUCCUCCUCUCUGGGACACAGGGGUACUCACGAAAAUUGGGCCACGUGGUUUGGUGAAGGUUUGCAACGGCGGGGACUCACCUUCAUUCUCUUCCUUCACUUUCCCCCACACCCUACAACAGGUCGGACCCACGAAAGACUUCAGUUAUCAUCACAAACAUGAGCCAAAAGCACAUACCUACCCCAUCCCCCCCCCCCCCCACACACACAUGCACACAACACAUACACACACACGCACAGAGGUGAACAGAAACUGAAAUAUUUUGUCCAUAACUUCACAGGACGUGGCCACACUGGGUUUGCGUUCCAACCUGCAAAACACAAAUACAUUUUUUAACAUCAAGAAAAUUUAAAAAGACAAAAAAAAAAGAAUUCAUUGAUAAUUCUAACUCAGACUUUAACAAUGGCAGAAGUUUACUAUGCGCAAAUACUGUGAAAUGCCCGCCAGUGUUACAGCUUUCUGUUACAGCAGAUAAAUGCCAUGUUGGGCAACUAUGUCAUAGAUUUCUGCUCCUCCUCUCUUUUAAUGAAAUAACGUGACCGUUAACGCAAGUAACUCUUUAUUUAUUGUUCACCCUUUUUUUCCUUAAGGAAAGGACUCUUCCAAAUAUCAUCCUAUGAACAGCUCUUCAGAAAGCCCAUUGAAAGUUAAACUAUUUAACGUGAAAUCCAUUAACUGGAAUAAUUGAGUUUCUUUAUUUUUACAAUAAAUUCACUGAGUAAAUAAGUUGGAGCUGGAAUUCUGAGCUUUGUGUUUGGACUGUCUGGUCUGUGUAGCUAAAGGAAAAAGUUAAGAGGGGAAUAUUUAUUUAAAUCUAUCAGUUCAUUUGCUGGUCAGGUCUCUGGCCUAUAAACAUGCAAAAAAACUAAUUCAUGUUAAAGUCCUUCCAGAUCCUAAUUUCUAAAGCAAUCAGGAGAGAAGCUUUUAGAACGGCACAUCAUAUCCCAUUGGUGCCAACAUGGUUUUGUCCAUGGUUCUUUCUGUGAAGGCACCAGCUUGCAAUACGCCAUCUCAUUUCACCUUGCAUGUGAGACAGCAAACAAAAUCCACAAAUGGUGUGAACUAAUAUGCUGGCUGCUACCUUGCAUAAAUUAAUGAUUUGAUCACACGGGUUCUUUGUGGGGUUACAUCUGUGAAUAGCCUGUUUUCCACAUGUAAAUUUGUGCCUUACACCUUAAGUUGUGUACACUUGUAAACUGUCUUUAUGAUCAACUGUUCCUCCUUUUGAAAUAAGUGCAGAUAUUUAUUUAACCCUCCCUUCCCCACCCUCCGCCCCCCUUCCAGCCCUCUGGAAGAUUGGAGUCAAGCAGAUGGAAGAAUGCAGUGGUGAUAGUUGUCAUGCGACAGCCUGAGAACGCUGGGCAGCACCACACCCUCCAAUUCACACUGCCUUCUAGUUGUGCCGACUCGAACUACCCUUUGGCUGUGCUGCGAAGCAUGGACCCCAGUGUUGUGGGUGUGGCAAAUCCCCUUUCAUCCUCAAGAGCUCCCUGCUUCCCUUAGAUUAUUUCAAUACGGUGAUAUCCUUAUUUGCUAGCAGAAAAGGGACUAACGUCCCAUUCCUCUUUUCUGCUGUGUCCACUGGUUAGAGAGCAGGCGGUCCGCAGUUGGGCAGACACCUGGGAGGAGUCUUCAAGCCAUGUGCACAGCACACACGUGCAGUGCACACAAAGAAAUGACAUGGAAAUAGAUGCAGGCGGGCUGGUCCCUGCUGUGAUUAACGAGUAACUCCAAGUACAAGGCCGACCACAAUGGAUGCUGCAAAAACGUUGACUGGGGCAAAGGAUUUUUUAUUUUAUUUUUUAUUUUGUUAUUAUGUUUUUAGGGGACGGGAGGUGGUGUGUGUUUUUCUCCUCUUGGUUUUCAUUUGCUCAAGCACACAAAAGGGACUUUAGUUUACUCUAUCACGAACAAAGGAACUGUCCACAUACUAUAAACCAUGAGCAGUGUUGUUGUUGUUUUUUAAAACAGUAUAUUUGGUGGCCUCUUUGUUUUUAUUUCCAGUUGGAUCUUCUGGGUUUAGUUUUGUCUUUAAAAAGAAUUCAAAAAAAGACUGACAAUGACAGUUUUGAGUUGGAUAGUGAAAAACUGGAGCCUCCAUAAUCAGUGAGGUUGCCUUCAGACCUGAGUACUUAGCUGAGGGUGGGUGAGAGCCCUUUGUUCCAAAAGUCCAUUACGGUUUUGCUGUUGUUUAGGGGUAGGUGGUGGUUGUUGUUUUUACUUUUUUUUUUUUUGGCUUUUGUAAUGGAAUCCAUGUUCACAUCCUGUGAACUCUGUCUCCUGAAACCCUGAAGUAUUUCCUAGAACUUGAAAUAUUGUUUUCUUCCUUGAAUUUUCUCUAGAAAUGCAGAAAUUAGGAAGGCGAUGGGUCUGUAUCCCCCUGCCCCCUUCUUUCCCAUGCUUGACUCCUGAGAGUACUGGCAGUGCAGCACCCAUCAUUGACGUGAGCGGCUGUCUUGUCCAGUGUUUGUAGGCAUCACUGCCUCAGCUGUUAAGGAGACCUGUGUCAAAACUUCUAUCCACUUUCCUAGACCCCCACAACCCAUCACUUCUGGUGUUAACCCUAAAAUACCCACAUGUAUUGAGCUGGUCUUCUGCAUUUAAGUAUUUCUCCCCAUUUUUUUUUCCCCACUGUGUGUGGGGGGAGGGUCCAUAAACCCGAGUGUGCCUUUGCUUUCCACCCUUGCUAGACACUGGUAGAUGCAACAAACUCAGAUUUAUAUUUGUUGUAAAGUUGUAAAAAUAUUGUGAUGUCACCGAUUUUCCUUCCAUCUCCACAUCCCCUAACAUCUGAUUCACGACUUAAUGUAUGUUGUAAAAAAAAAAAAAAAAAGAAAAGAAAAAAAGGGAAAAAAGAAAAAAAGCAAGGAAAAGGCUCUUUAUUACUUAAAAGUAAUAAAACCUGACUGUUCUACAUUA